UUGUAACAAAACAAACGAAUGAAAAUAGCGAAAACAGGCAAAAACAGUAAAAAUUAUCUGAAAAAAAGUUGAUGAUUAAAUUUUUUUCUAAAAUUUUCCUCGUAUGUUUCAUUUGUUUAAUAUUAAAAUAUGGAAGUGUUGUACAAUUGAGCCAAUUACUGAAUUUUUAUUGUUGAGUUAGUGAUCAGUGAGCAAAGCAAACUCUGCCGUCAAUCGCAUUCCCCAUGGCUUGGAACCCAUCCGCGGAACUUUUACUUCCUCCGACCACAUUCGUUUAGUGUCCCCCAAGUGAAUUCCACUUUUUCCAUCGUCGACAUCCAGAAACAAAGCAUUUAGUUGCUGCUGUCGGUACUUUACCAUAUUUCUGACCAUAUUCAAAUACAAGCUUAAAGGAUGCCGUUCCGGGACUGGAAGAUUGUCCGGGUUGUUACGGGAAUUGCGAUGCGUAUCUGGGCUGCUAGCGGAGCCGCGUUGUUGGCUGCUUUCGUCAUCUAUAUUAUCUACGGAGGAUUUUUCGCAUUCCUGUUGUUGCUUUUCGCCGUUUCGGGUAUUCUGUACCAUGCGCAGGACAACCUGCUGUACCACCCGGACUUACCGACAAACUCGAGAAUAUUUGUCCCGGUUCCAUCAAUGCACGGACUGCCUUAUGAAACGUUGCACAUAAAAACAAGAGACGGGGUGACGUUACAUGCGUUCUGGAUUCGACACCCUGGGGACAAGGGUCGGUACGUUCCAACGUUCGUAUACUUUCAUGGGAAUGCCGGAAACAUGGGACAUCGGUUACAGAAUGCCAGCGGAUUCUACCACACGCUCCAGUGUAACGUUAUGAUGGUGGAAUAUCGGGGCUACGGUCUCUCGGAUGGAACGGCAAGUGAGAGAAGUUUCUUCUCCGAUGCUAGGACCGUAGUCGACCAUCUAUGCGGUCGACACGAUCUCGACCACAGUCAGAUCGUUCUGUUUGGGCGAUCGCUCGGAGGGGCAGUUACUAUUGAUGUGGCUGCCGACGCAGUUUACGGGUCCAAGUUGAUGGGAGUUAUAGUGGAGAAUACUUUCACGAGCAUUCCCGACAUGGCCGUGGAACUGAUUCACCCGUGCAUUCGUUAUUUGCCGUACUUCUGCUAUCGGAACAAGUUUCUGUCGGUGCACAAGAUUCAGUUUAUUUCUGCCCCGAUGCUGUUUGUUUCUGGCCUAGCGGACACCUUAGUGCCUCCAAAAAUGAUGACCAUGUUGCACACACGCUGUGGGAGCACCCGGAAGAACAUGCUGCAGAUUGUUGGAGGAUCUCACAACGACACGUGGGCUGUCAAUGGUUACUACCAAGGCAUAGCACAUUUUCUAGCGGAGUGCAGGGAAAUCAAAGGCCCCUUGCAGACGCCACCUGUUAGCCAGAACGUAUGGCCCCAAGUCGAGGAAGUGUAGAUGCUUCAAGACCGCUCAGAACUUGGCUGUGUUAUGCUCGGAGAAAGAGUGCUCUAGUGCCAGUGUACUUGACAAGCGUAGUGAGUGAUACAAAUACUAGCGACAAAUGAACGAAUACCUGCCUAGGUUUGUGAACAAAACGCCCACAAACGAAAUGAAAUAGCAGUGCAAGCUAUAACAAAGAAAUACCUAAACAAACACAAAACAAUAAGCAGUUAAAAUUUUAAGCAUUAGCAUAAUAAUGACAUUAAGAUAAUAAAUUAGUGCGAAGUAACAACAGAGAAAAAA